AUGUUCAACAAGUCUUCAAUCUCAGUCGCUGCGCUGGUCGCCGCACUCGCGCUGCCUGUAACCGCGCAUGGAGUGGUCGAAAAAUUAGUAAUUGGUGGGCAAGACUUUGGAACAGAGCCUGUAUGGCAAGUGGACAACAAUGGGCCAGCAGCGACGACUAACAAUAUGGGCAACGCUGAUCUGGCAUGUGGACCUGGAGCGACAGCACCUAGCUCCUCUGCUUCUGCUACUGCUGGGGACACAGUCGAGUUCACUUGGAGUUCUUCCUGGCCACAUACCAAAGGUCCGGUUAUCACGUACCUCGGCAAAUGCUCAGGGUCUUCAUGUGAUCCAAACUCAAUUGACUUUUACAAAAUCGACGAGAAGGGAAUCACUGAUGACGAUGGCACAUGGGAGCAGGAGAAGCUGACGAAUGGGAAUCCCGUGUCAGCAACAAUCCCAACGAGUACGGCGGAUGGAACGUACUUGAUUAGAAAUGAGAUUGAUAACCUCGGAUCUAUUCCACAAGAACUUUAUCCUAGCUGCAGCACUAUUGAAAUUGCAGGCGGUGGAAGUGGAUUGAGUGGCGAGACGAUUUCAUUCCCGCCUGGAUAUUCAGACGCCGACGUUGAAGAAAGUAUCGCUCUUAACAACAUUUAUUCGCUCGAUUCGGGCUAUACAUUCCCGGGACCAAGUGUCGCCUCACGCCGCGCGAUGCUUAGCCGUCAGCCAUUCUCUGGAUAA